CGCCUGAAUUUGCUUCCUUGCGCUAUUAAAUAUGACGGAGCAGCAAAUUCAGACACAUACUUCUUGCCUGCCAAGCAAUCAGACGAUACAUACGAGGCAUCGUUCAGGGGACGCCAGCUGUUCGGAUGUAAAAUUGCACUUCCGAGCUCAUAUGUUGGGCAUGUGCUUAUUGACACGACCGUUGAAACCAAUACACAUGAUUCGGCAUUCGAGUCAGAAUUCUCUGAAGAGUCAGCAGUUGAGUAUAGGGAAUUGCUAUCUGUGAGCAGCUUUGACGCACUGACUGUAUGGGAGCAUGACCGAGUUCCGCCAGCUGAUGACGACGAGUUUAUCAGCUCUUUGGAGUGGAUUGACGUUGCCGCGAGUAUCCAU